AUGUCAAUCAGUCUCGCUUGCUCCUCGGCUGCGGUUCUGAUCGGAUAUGACAUGACCCUCAUUGGAUCCAUCAUCGCCAACGUUGAGUUUGUUAAGAAAUUUGGCGACUACGAUGCAAAGACGGAUACCUGGUCACUCCCGGCCGACGAACAGCUGGUCUGGAGCGUUGUCCAGUAUGUCAGCGCCAUGUGUGGUGCAAUGGGUGCCGGAUAUAUGAACGAUGUGAUCGGUCGACGCGCCGUGUUCUGUAUCCUAGUCGCUUGUACCAUGGUCGGUACCAUCAUCGAGCUGUUCUCUCCGGACUGGAAGGUUUGGAUCGUGGCGAAGCUGUUAUUUGGGGCCGCGAUGGGCUUCAUGCAGGGCACCAUCCCAGCCUACAUCUCUGAGCUCGCACCAAGCCGUGUCCGAGGGUUCUUGCUCUCCCUCUUCCAGUUCUGGAUCAUGUUUGGUGCCUUUGUUGCUGCUUGCGUCCUUGAGGGCACGUCUCACGUGGAGGGUCCCUGGUCAUGGAAGGGCACCAUCGUAUCCCAGCUUGGGCUGGGCGUCAUGUGCCUGGCCCUCUUCAUCCCCCUUGUCCCAGAAUCCCCAUACUACCUCGUAUCCAAGGGUCGUUUGGACGCUGCUAAGGCGGCACUGUUAAAGAUGCGAGGCUCCGAGGCAAACUACAUGGUCGAGGAGGAUCUGGCAGCCAUUGUCGGCCUCCUCGAGCAUGAGAAACUGGAAAAGGGCGCGAGCCCUUCCUACAUGGAGUGCUUCCAGGGCCCCAACCUCCGAAGAACCUUUCUCGCUUGCUUGCCGAUGGUGAUGCAGCACUUCCUCGGGUAUCCCCUCUGCGGCAACUACUUGGCCUACUUUCUGACAUUGUCGGGUAUGGACAACUCGUUCACCAUAACUGUCAUCUCCAUGACUGUUGCCAUGCUGGCCAUCAUAUGCGCCUUUGUCCUGAUCGAACGGGUCGGACGGCGGCUCCAGUACCUCGUGGGCACCUUUGCCAUCCUUCCUCUUCUACUCUGCAUUGGUAUUCUUGGCUUCGUGCCUUCGUCUACCGCUGUUCUCAGGGGGGUCGCGUCUCUGUGCAUCAUCUGGUCAUUCCUCUGGUACCUCUCGGUCGGUGCCGUGGGCUGGACCAUUGUUGGAGAGAUUUCAUCCCCUCGACUUCGACCCAAGACGACCUCGCUCGCGGCCACCAUCAACUCGCUCAUCAACAUGGGAUGGUCGAUUGCCAUCCCAUACUUGGUCAACAGUGAAAGGGCUAACCUUGGUCCCAAGACGGGACUGGUCUUCUUUGCCCCAAGUCUUUUCCUGGCUGCCAUCGCCUACUUUGUCAUGCCUGAGACCAAGGGCAAGACGUUCGAGGAGCUCGAUGCGCUCUUUGAGAGUCGCACCCCUGCUCGCAAGUUUUGA